UACUAAUAGUUAAGGUUUUCAUGUCAUCGUAAGACAGUAAUAUAUAAAGAUUUAGAGAAUUCCAUUUAAAAAAAUUGUAUUGUGUUGUAAUUUCGGAGCUUUUCGUAAAGCUUUCGUAGAUCUGACAACAUGCGAAAAGCUCUUCACAAUGUGAACUUGAUCGACGGCGCGCAGCAUUUCGAUUCGAAGUUAUUUUCCGUGGUGCUGUGAGUGGUGGGUGUCCCGCGUAUUCAACCAUCAACCACGUUGUCCCGGAGGAAACUUCGCGCAUUUACGUUCAAUCAAAAUUUGAUACUAGACAAAUGAAAUAAAAAUAGCGAAGAAAUAACAACUGUAGUGGGUGCAUUUUUCAAAUAAAAUAGCAGGUUGAAAAUUACCAACAACAAGCAUUUUCGCAAGUAUUUAUAUAGAUAGAUAUAAUGUAAACAAACGCAAAUCGAAUACAAUUUUUUUUCGAAAUCUGAUUCUGCGAACAACCUUUUUUACAUGCGUUUUGAGAAUUUAUUCAAACAUUAUGGUAGUUAUGGUACUGAGAAAUAGAAACAGGACAAAAACGAGCUUUCGCAAAGGACAUGUUGGUUUUUUUAUGGAUUUUGACUCUAAGCUAUUUAUGGACAACUGUAACUGGUUACGAAGAAAUAGUUGAAGCGCAAGGUUGCCACGCGUGCAGAUUGCUAUUGACGUGUCGACAUUUGACGUCUAUUAUCGCCAUAUUGAAAGUUGACUUCCAUCCGGAUCACAGCAGCCAUAUUUUUGAAGCGAACAUUGGUUUUUCAAAUUUCUCUGAAAACGGCCUAAUCGAAACGAUAGUUUCUCCCCCUCCUUUCCCACCGGUGCAUCCCAGGGACGUACUUAAUCAAAGAUGUUCAGGCCUAAAUCACUGCAGUUUUAUCUUUUCUGAAGACUGUCCUGGAUCUGAAUUUUUUGGCUCAGGAAAUAUAUCCAUUCAGUAUGCUUGCAUAACAGAAGAUAGAAUCCAUAAGUACUGCAACAGCGUGAUCCACUUGGCAGAAUUACAUACGAAAGGACUCUCAGAAGGAUACAUCCGUAAUCCAGGCUAUCCGAGAUUCUAUUCGGGUCAAACGGAAUGUAAAUGGAAAAUUAUUGGACAGACCAAUCAGAGGAUCAGGUUGACUAUUUUGGAUAUAUCCCUUGUUGUUGAUCGUCCAGGUUGCAGCGACAUAUUAGAAAUAAAGGACACGGGUCAAGUAAUCUACUCGACUUGUUACCAAGAUCAUCCGCCUUCAGAAGUUAUUUCGGGAACAGAGUCAAUUGAAAUAGUGCUUAGUUCUAGUCACAAAAUAAACCCCAGAAGGGGGGUGCUGAUCCAUUAUAGAGCCGUAGGAUGUCCGGAAAUCAAUAUACCGAAUGAUGCCUACUUAGUAUAUAGGAAUAAUUCGCUUAUGAUAUUUAGCUGUUGUCUGGGAUAUCAGUUUCCCGAUACGGGUACUAGAAUAAAGAGUGUUGGAUGCCACGGAGCGUUUUGGAACAGUUCACUGCCUAAUUUACACUGUCAAAAAUCAACAACCCCUAACUGGAAUCAAACGGACGUGAUCAAAAUUUUUCAAAGUAAAAUAAACACAGGAAUGGAUUCGGACAGUAUUUUAGCACCUUCCUUAAUACUGGUAGCUCUUUUCUUAGUAAAUGCAGCCGUAGUUUUUUUUAUAUUCAAAGCUAGAAAAAGACAAGAAUUGAUAGAUGUAAAAGACGAAGAACUAGGUUCAUUAUCACUUUCUCCUGUCGAAAUUGUCGAAACAUAAGUGUUGCCUUAAUUUAUUUGUAAUAUAAAAUUUAAUAUUUUUCCCUAUAAAUAGAUUUAUAAAUUUUUAAUAUAUAUAUGUACAUUUAUGUCGGAAUUGCCUGUUGUUUCGAAUUUUGAAAAAAGCGUAUAAGAAAUAAAAGAUAUUAUGAAAUAAUAAUAAAAA